GUCAGCGUGAAGUGGAACUCGUUAUUACAAAUCGGAGAAUUGAGGCUUGGGGAACCUGUAUUAGAAGAGUAUGUAAGGAAAAUGUACAAGAAAUUUCCAAUUAAGUUCACUUCUUGUCAUGCUUGUUGUGGGUUUUAUGGUCCAUGUUUUGGACAACCUUUAUGUGCCACAUGUCAUGCUUUCUUAUGCCCUGAUGACAUUAAUCAUCCAGGUGGAAAUCACUUAUUUCAAGAAAAAAGUGAUUCAGAGGACUCUGGUAAUGAAGAACCUACUGAUUUUUAUGAAACAUUGCAAAACCGGCCAGGAGAAAAACCAAAAAUUAUUGUAUCUGUCCUCAAAGUUGAUCGGCUCGCAGACUGUAUAUCAGCAUUAACAGCUCCAAAGCAGCUAGCAGCUAUUCCUGAGGGUCUUGCUGAAAAUCUUCCAGCAGAAGUAUUAUCAUUAGUGUUUUCAUACCUGGAUGACCUGUCUUUGUGGAGUUGUGGUCAAGUUUGUAAACGGUGGAACCAGUUAUUAGAAACAGAAACUAAUGAUGAUCAGUGGUAUCGUGCUGUCAGAAGACGUUGGCCACUAUUUCUUGCAAUGUUCAGAGGGUCUCGCUGGAGAACAUUGUACACAAAACUAGUAGAAAGUACACCUUGUCUUCUUUGUUUACACCAGAUGGCAGAACAGAUUCAACAGACUCCUGGAGAUGAUUCCUGGCGAGCCAAACGAUUAAGAAAUGAAUUGAAAUCUCUUCAAUCUGAUCCUCCAGAAGGGAUAGAAGCAACUCCUCUAGAUCGAAUGUGCUGUCACUGGCAAGCUUCUAUCUCAGGUCCAACUGAGAGUCCUUAUGAGGGUGGCUCUUUUUUCUUAUAUUUACAAAUACCAAGCAGUUAUCCAAUGGAGCCUCCUGUAGUUCGAUUUGUCACUAAGGUUUUUCACCCUAAUGUGAGUCGCCAUGGAGAUAUUGGAUUAGAUUCAAUUACACACAACUGGAGUCUUGCUCUAACAAUUUCGAAGGUUCUAAUUAGCAUUCAGUCUCUUUUAACUGACCCUUAUUGUCACGUGUGUAUGGAACCAGAGGUUGGGAAGCUUUACACUGAAGAUAGAAAAACAUUUGAAAGAACUGCACGCCUUUGGACAGUAAAGUAUGCAAUGCAUAACAGAUUGGCACCUUCUGGGGAGGCUGAUGCUUAUGCUCGAGCACUAGAAAGUGGGUGAAAUAUUGUAAACAAGCCAAUAAACAAUUGUUACUUACUAGUCAUAGAAUGAAAGGUCCCUUUGUUCAUAGAGCAACUAGCCAGUGCCGAGAUGAUGGGUAGGCUCAGCAGCAGAAUUAAAAACUAUAGAAGUUUGUUUGAGACUGAAGGAGAACACAGGAAUUGUGCCUUCUGGAAGGUACUAAGUGUAUCUGAACCUACAAUCUUGUCUUUAGAAAUUCAAAGCUACAUAUAAUCGUGUCAGGAACACAUAUCUCUUCUAAUUCUGUUGUUUGAAUUUAUGACAAAGUUCUUGAUUAUACCAUCAUUACACUUAUGGUUAUCUGUAUACUGAUUAAAAUUUUCUGUUUAUUUUUACAUUUGCUGAAACUGAAAUCAUUGGCUGAUGUCAACCAUCUCUUAUGGGCAAGAACUUGUUUAUAUACUCUCUUCAGUUAUUCUCUGAAGAUAGGUGCUACAAAUGUUUAGUUGGCCUAUAAAAAACUUAAGAAAAAAUGUCUGAACUCAAGUUGUUUUUUAAAAAGUUUUGUAAAUAAUUUUUAAGCUAUAGGAAUGCUCAGACUUUGGAAAUGUUAUGUUUUUUUUUGAUAAUCUUUGCAUGAACUGAUGAUGUUUUUCUUAUGUUGAAUUAGUUUUGAAGUCAAAAAUUACAUAUAGAUGUAUAAACUAUAAGACUACUUGGAUCUGUUAAUGACCUAUAUAUACAUUGAUAUAAAAGGUCCUUACAUAAGAUAACAUUCAAACCUCUUGUAAGGCAUUAAUCUAUAGUAAUAAAUAAUCAGAUUCACAUUUCUUUCAUCUUUAUGCUCUUGUACUUGAUAGAAAUAUUUUGAUCACAAAAGUUUAAGUACUGCCUUAAGGGUUAAAAUUCAGUUGAGAAAGUAAGUUGAAAGAAAGGUGGUAGAAUGAAAAAAUAAUAAUAUGUUUCUUUGGAUUUCUAAUUUUAUUAAAAACUUCCUUUCUCGAGUUACAAAAAAAUAACAUUUCUAGGCCUGAUAUAACAUUUUAAGUGGAAUAUUUAUUGUGUUACCAUCAUUGUAUAUUUAUUACCUGAGAAUAUUAAGUUAGAAAUACUUGUUUUCUACUGUGUUUACCUUGUGAGAACAUGUGUUUGAGGAAGAGUUAAUUGAUCGGGUGUUUAGCAAAGAAAUCUUGCAUAAACCCCCCACCUGGUACUGAGAAAAAGGAAGCCGUGCUGUUGUUGAUAUAUAUAUAUAUAUAU